CUUGUAUUCGUAAUAUAAUAAACAAAUUGGGUGUUUUGUGUAAAAUGAGUGCAAAAGCAUGCCAUCAUUUGCAAUUGUACAAGAAAAGCAACAAAAAUUUGGAAUCAUUUAAAUGGAUACAUGCAGUUUUUGUUGUAGGAACUUCAUUAAAAAGCAGAAAGGCCAAGAUUUGUAAUGCCUACUGCCGAACAUGCAAGAAAAGGGGGCCUUUUCUGCAUGCUUGCUUGGAAUGUGUUUAUUUUGGAUGUCAUAAGCAUAUAAGGGAGCAUACAAAAUACCAUAAACACAUAAUUUCAAUGGAUUUAACGUAUGGACAAAUUCAUUGUGCAUCAUGUAAUGACUAUGUGUAUGAUGCUGAACUUGAUUCCAUUACUUUGCACAACAAAAUGCAAGCUGGUAAUUUUAAAAAAAGACUAUUUGAAUCCACACAUUGGGACCCCACAGAGGAAGAACGUGACUUACUAGACCGAAGAACCAAAAAAAUAUGCAUAACACCAGAGUCGACAAUAGGGUUGAGGGGGCUGUUAAAUCUGGGGGCGACAUGUUUCAUGAACUGCAUUGUGCAAGCCCUAAUGCAUACGCCCUUGUUGAGGGACUACUUUUUAACAGAAAGGCACAAUUGCAAUGGGGUACCUGGUACUUGUUUGGUAUGCGAAGUGUCGAAACUAUUCCAGGAGUUCUACAGGGGUGCCAGGGUUCCUUUAGCCCUGCACGAGCUCUUGCACUUAAUAUGGACGCAUGCGCGCCAUCUGGCGGGUUACGAGCAGCAAGACGCGCACGAGUUCUACGUAGCCACCUUGGACGUUCUUCAUCAACACUGCUUGGCAACGAUGCCACACCUCACAAACAACCAGGAUGAAAAAACCUCCGCGAUCAAAUGUCCCUGCAUUAUCCACCAAAUAUUCACCGGCAGAUUGCAGAGUGACGUCGUGUGUCAGAAAUGCCAGGGCGUUUCUACGACCAUAGACCCAAUUUCCGACUUUUCGCUGGACUUGGGGCCGGUUUCUAUAGGUUGCCGUCCUCCCUCCUCGUUGGUGGAUUGUUUGGAACGUUUCACAAGAGCGGAAAAUUUGGGUUCGAAUGCCAAAAUUUUGUGCACCAAAUGCGAAUCGUACGAGGUGUCCACCAAACAGUUGACCUUCAAAACUUUGCCCAUAGUUGUCAGUUUUCAUUUAAAGAGGUUCCAACAUCACACUACUGAGAUGAAAAAGAUAUCGACGGUCAUAUCGUUCCCGGAAACUCUCGAUAUGACUCCGUUCCUGUCUAAUUGCAAAAAAGAGUCUCCCUUCCCUUCCGACAACAGGUACUCCCUAUUCGCCGUCAUUAAUCACGUGGGUCAAUCGAUCUGCGUCGGUCAUUACACGGCCUACGUGAGACAGCAGCACAAUUGCUGGUACAAAUGCGACGACCACGUGAUAACCAGGGCCAACUUGAAAGAUGUAUUGGAUUCAGAAGGGUACCUACUUUUCUACCACAAGCAGAUUUUGGAGUACGAGUAAAUUAUAUUAAAUGUUGAAUGUGUAUAUCAUUGGAAAUUUAUUUUUUUAUUAAACAAACUCAAACAUAACUUCCGCAACAGUACCUUCACAUUAUUAUAAAACCAAGAGUAUUUUUUUAUCGCGUCGACUGAUUUUUUUUACACUCACUUUGUAUACUGCCACCUGAACAAACAGCGUUUUGCUCAAUUUUGUUGAAAUAUAUAAUGUAAAUGUGUUAAAAUGAGUAUUUUUUAA